AUGGCCCAUUCAAUCAAUAAUGUUACAACAGCAGCAAAGCUGGACACAGAUUUCUCCAAAAGGCGCAUUCUCCAGAAUGUUCUACUCAUCUGGAUAGACGGUAGUAGCACAGAAUUCGACAAGGAUUUCCAACAGACUCUGUAUCAAAUACGUAAUGAGAUCAAUGAUGUAACAAUAUUCAGCCAACUAGAUCAGUGUGUGGACUUUCUGCAAGGGAUUCAUACGGAGGAAGUCUUCGUUAUUAGUUCAGGCUAUAUGGGACAAGAGUUAGUACCACGAAUUCAUUCAAUGGCAAGGGUGAAUUCUAUUUACAUAUUUUGUGGUAAUCAGACAGCACACNACAAGGAUUUCCAACAGACUCUGUAUCAAAUACGUAAUGAGAUCAAUGAUGUAACAAUAUUCAGCCAACUAGAUCAGUGUGUGGACUUUCUGCAAGGGAUUCAUACGGAGGAAGUCUUCGUUAUUAGUUCAGGCUAUAUGGGACAAGAGUUAGUACCACGAAUUCAUUCAAUGGCAAGGGUGAAUUCUAUUUACAUAUUUUGUGGUAAUCAGACAGCACACAAACAGUGGAUUACAAAGUGGUCCAAGAUCAAAGGUGUAUACAACCACAUUCAACCUAUCUGUGAGGCUCUCCGAUCUUCCGUCAAGCAAUGCAAUCAAGAUGCCAUACCAGUAAGCUUUGUUGUCUCGGAUGACAUGAGCUCCACUACCGAUUUGAAUCAAUUGGAGCCUUCGUUUAUGUACACCCAAUUAUUCAAGAACACCUUGAUUGAUAUGGAACACAACGAACAAUCUCGUCAAGACUUGAUGAACUAUUGCAGAAGAAAAUAUGCUGGUAACCUAUGCGAAUUGACAAUCAUCGAUGAAUUUGAGCGGAGUUAUUGUUCGAAUAAGGCAAUUUGGUGGUAUACCCGGGAAUGCUUUACUUAUCAGAUGCUUAAUCUAGCCCUCCGAUUAUUGGAGGCGGACAUAAUCGUCAACAUGGGUUUCUUUAUUCAUGAUCUCCAUCGACAAAUUGAACAACUGCACCAAGAACAGAUUGGUCAGUAUCGUGAUCAGCCUUUUAUCGUUUACCGAGGACAAGGACUCUCGACAAUCUAUUUCGAGAAGCUGCAAAAUACACAAGGUGGACUGAUAUCGUUCAACAAUUUUCUUUCCACUAGUAAGGAAAGAUUAGUUUCUCUAAGCUUCGCUCAAGGUUCUUCCAAGAAGACGGACAUGGUCGGAAUUCUUUUCGUCAUAACUGUCGAUCCGACAAUUUCGUCGACACCGUUCGCUGAUAUUCAAUCCGCCAGCUAUUUUCAAACCGAAGCGGAAAUACUCUUUUCCAUGCAUAGCAUCUUUCGCAUCAACCAACUGAAGAGAAUAGACGAAAGCAGUCAGCUCUUUGAAGUACAACUGACUCUGACGGCGGAUGAUGACGAACAACUUCGUCGACUUACUAGUAGAUUCGAGGAAGAGACACAGGGUAUUACAGGGUGGAGGCGCAUUUGUAAGUUACUAAUCCGAGUUGGACAAUUGAACAAAGCCGAAGAAUUGUGUCUCACUUUGCUCGGACAGGCAUUAGAACAACAUGAUCAAGCCUAUUAUCAUAAUGAUUUGGGACGCAUCAAGGACCAACAGGGUGAUCACGAAGCAGCCAUUCGCUAUUAUGAACUAGCAAUUGCUGUGAAUGAAAAAAUUCUUUCUGAAAACCAUCCUUUUUUAGCUGCUUCCUACAACAACAUUGGUUUGGUGUAUUCCAAAAUGGAACAGUAUUCGAAGGCACUGUCAUUUUAUGAAAAAGUACUUGAUAUCGAUCAGAAAACUCUUCCUGGGAAUCAUCCUGAUCUGGCUACCUCUUACAAUAACAUUGGUUUAUUGUAUGCCAAUAUGAAAGAGUAUAAGAAAGCGCUGUCCUUCUACGAAAAAACACUUGCUAUCUUACAGGAAGCUCUUCCUGCAAAUCAUCCAUUCCUUGCGGCUUCCUAUAAUAAUAUUGGUUUAGUGUAUGCCGGUAUGGAACAGUACACGAAAGCGUUGCCGUUCUACGAAAAGACACUUGAUAUCCUUGAGAAAAGUCUUCCUGCUAAUCAUCCUUCUUUGGCUACUUCCUGCCACAACGUCGGCGGCCUGUAUUCCAAUAUGGGAGAGUAUUCGAAGGCAUUGUCGUACUUUCAACGAUCCCUAGACAUACAGAAACAUUCUCUUCCUCCAACUCAUCCAGAUAUUGAAUCUACAUGUCAAUGGAUAGAAAGUAUAAAGAAAAAGAUUUAG